GGUUAAAUCACAAAGAAUACUUGAAUGAGACCCCAAAGACAUAUGUUCAAAAAUUAAUUUGAUAUGAUUUUAUUAUGAAUACAAGAUAUAGGGUGUACAUAAUAAAGAGACAGUAACCAUGGUAAACCAACAGACAUAGAUUUACAAGAUAUAUAAAGCUUGAUUCCAGAGCAGGAUUUCUGAAGGACACCAAACAAAGAAGUCCUACAUAAUAUAAAGAAUUUCCAAUGGAAAGUAAGAAGGAUAAUGGACUCAGUAUUUAUAUCAAAACAGAGCCAAAUGACCAUGGCGAUUACCUUCCGGAAAAUAAAUCUGAAAAUUUUGCAUGUUCGAGUUACCAUGGUUAUGCUGAAAAGAAUAGGAUAAGUACAGGUAAAAGACCAGAACAUUAUGAAUGUGACGCCUAUAAGGCUAAAUAUCCGUCUGAAAAUAACACGAUUUAUUCUGAAUACAAUAGACCAAAUUUAAUACGAAAAGAUGAACAUGAAUAUGAUGGUUUUCAACUUGAAAAAAGAUCAGAAACUAGCACAGAUAAGAAUAACAGGGAAAAACCCAGACUCACUAUAAAUAGACAGAAAAGUCCAAAUGAAUAUGAUGAGUUUUUGUCUAAAAUAAGAUCUAAAGCUGAUGAAUAUAUGAAUUACACUGAAAAUAUCAGAACAGAUUCAAGUGUAAGACUUAAUGAAUAUGACCAGAACCAAUCUAAAAAUCAAUCUGAAACUGUUGCCGUCGAUUACAGUCUGGUACAAGAUAUAAAAGAAGAACCUGUUGAGGACGACCAUUGCCUUUCUGAAGCAGAAAUUAAAGAUGCCGGGUACAUGCAUCAAAAUUUAAAAAUAAACCGAGAAAAACCUGAUCAAAGUAGAAUAUUCAUUGAAAAUACUGAAAAUGGAAAAAGACUUAGCUUAAACUCAGAUACCAAAGAUAAUCCUGAUCUUGUGAGAAACAGAGCAUACAAAGAUAAAAUGAUGCACAUCACCGAUAAUCCUGGUGCGACUGAUUUAGAUUUAAACAAAGAGAUAUUCAAAGCAGUUGAAAGAGAAAUUCGUGAAAAUACUGGUUUAAUGAACAAGGAAAAACAAGCACCACAAUUCUUUAAUACAGGCAUGACACAAAUCAGUGAUGAGCUUCAAAAUAAAGGAAACCAAACGAAAGAUGACAAAAAUUGUGAUCCUAUUGACAAACCAGGAUUCAGAAAUUCUGACGAUACGUUAAAGUAUUAUGCCAGGACGUGUACAGACAUAAUCAAUGCAUCAAUAGCGGGUAUUAUAAACUCUGAAGCUACAAAAAAGUGUAAAGAUGGGGGACUGAAAAACAAAAGAAAAAGAGGAAGUCAAAAGUUCAAUUCAAAUACGAAUUCAGACGAACAUGUACAAAACAGUGAAACGAGUGAGGAAAGUAUGUAUAUUAUCAACAGUUCGUCACCCGUGUUUCCAAACACAGCUGAUCAGACAAAUCUUAGUGCACAGACUAAAUCAGCUAAUGGAAAAUCACCGUGGAUUUGUCAAACAUGUGGUAAAGAAUUUUUGCAUUUCUCACGUUUAAAGACACACACGAGAACGCAUACUGGUGAGAAACCAUUCAUCUGUGGAACAUGUGGAAAGAGCUAUGCCAGUGCUGCGAGCCUGGCCAAUCAUGUGAGAGUCCAUACUGGUGAAGAAUUCACUUGUAGUACAUGUGGAAAAACCUUUGUAAACCCAGCAAAUCUAAAGUUGCAUAUUCGAACGCACUCAGGUGAAAAACCAUACAUCUGUGCUACAUGUGGCAAAGCAUUUGCUCAGUUGGUACAUCUACGGUUACAUGAUAGAACCCAUACUGGUGAAAAACCAUUCAUCUGUCAAAUAUGUGGAGUAGGAUUCAGUCAAGCAUCAAAUCUGAGGUAUCACAAGCAGACGCACACUGAUGAAAAACAAUAUCAUUGUAAUAUUUGUGGAAAAGGAUUUAAUCGGCCUGAUUAUCUUAAAGAUCAUGAACAAACACACUCAGGUGAUAAAACUCAUGUCUGUUCGAUAUGUGAAAGAGGAUUUAGUAGGCUCAAGGAUUUUCAGGCCCAUCUUCGGACUCAUACAGGUGAGAAACCAUAUAUCUGUCACAUAUGCGGAAUAGGCUUUUGUCAGUCUGGAAAUCUUGCAUCUCAUGUUCGAACGCACAGUGGCGAAAGACCAUACCCCUGUACUACAUGUGGAAGAGAAUUCAAUCGCUGGUCGAAUCUGAAGUCACAUGUUCAAACUCACAAUGAAGAAAAACGGUUUAGUUGUGAAAUAUGUGGGAAAGGAUUUAACCGCCAAGAUCGACUGAAGAAACAUGGUAGAACACAUUCAAACGAUGAAAGUUUUAAAUCUUUAGAGGGUAUGGAGGAUGAUGUGAAAUCUGACACACCUAUGGAAAAUGAGGAUCUAGAAGAGCCUGAAUUUCACCUGAAAUAUAACGAAAAAUCUUCAGUAGACAUGGGCAGUGACCCAGAGGUUGGAGAUAAUCUGGAAAAUGUCAAAAGAUCUGAAGAGAAUUUGGAAAAGGGAGGCAAAUUUACAGUUAAACUUUGGAAAAACCAAGAAUUUUCUAAAAGUUUCAAUGAUCAUGGUGUUCAAAGAUCUGCAGAAAGUGUGAAAAAUAAUGGAAAAACUGCAGAAAACAUGAUAAAUAUUGACAAUGAACAUGAAUUUAGAGAAAAUUUGGAAAUCAAUCGAAGAUCUGAAGAAAAUGUGGAAAAUAAUGAAAAUUCUACAGUGGACAUGACCAUAGACAAAAAACUUAAAAAUUAUGAAAAUAUUGGAAAAUCUGCGGUGAAAGUGAAAAACAAUGGAAAAUCUGCUGAAAAUCUUGAGAAAAAUAAAAAAUCUUAUGAACACAUGGAAUAUUCUGGGAAUUCUUCAGAAACCUUGGAAAAUAAACACAAAACACCACUAGAUGUUAGAAAUAAUGAGAAUUCUGAAGGACAGGAUGAGACUGAAGUUAAUUCUAUGGAGUAUGAUGGAUAUUUAUGAGUUUGGUGUUUCAGUAUAUGUAUAUAAGCCUUAGAAUACCUAUAUUAGUUAGAAAAUUACAGUAUUUGUAAUUGCUAAAAAGGGAGCUGGAAAAUGAUUGCUGGAGUGCAGGAUUUGCUACUAUAAACAUGAUGAAAACCUUAACUGUAUUAUUAUUAUAUAUAUAUAUAGGACAUGUAUGAGAAAUUCUAAUAGAAUAGUUAUAUA